GACGCUCGGCUGGCAGUGUUUGGUGGGGUUUGUUCCAUACCUCCAAAUUUUUCGUCGUAAUUGCUGUGAUUGAGUUUAUAGAGCGCUUUGUUGAAUGAAACUACAUGUAUUAAAUCAUGAAAAUCAACUUUUCUUAUUGAUUGGCAUUGCCACCGAGCAGUUGAGUGUAAUUUUUCGUAUAGUGUUGUUGGCACAGUUCGAGCGGAACAUUAUAGUCAUUCUUAUCGUGACAGGUGCCAACACUCACCACUCGUGCCGAAGCUUUCCUUUGCUCAACAUCUUACGUCCUGUGAAGUUGGGCUGUGUCUGUGUAAAGAUCUAAAGUCAAGGAAGAUCUGUUGCAUUCAGUAAUUGGAUAGUAAAGAUUUUGUGUGUGUGUGUGUGUGAAAACAGCAGGAAGGAUGAGCGAGGAGCGCGAUGUGGUGACGCCCCUGGAGCCCCUGACUCCCUCCUCCUGCGGGGGAAUUUCUACUUCUUCCUCGUCUGAAUUCAGCAGCCGCAAAUACUACCGUGAUGUGCCGCACCGAGUCUUCGUCAACCGAAGCCUCCACCUUGAGAAGAUUCGCUACUAUGGGUUCGACAUGGAUUACACACUGGCAGAGUAUAAGUCACCGCAGUAUGAGACGUUGGGUUUCAACUUUCUGAAGGAGAGACUCAUUGCCGUGGGCUACCCGGAAGAGAUUAAGGAGUUCGAGUAUGACCCGUGCUUCCCCAUCAGAGGGCUGUGGUUCGAUCGCACUUAUGGCAACUUGCUCAAAGUGGACGGCUUUGGAAACAUCCUCGUCUGCAUCCAUGGGUUCAAGUUCCUCAAGCCGUCUGAAGUGUAUGAGCUGUACCCCAACAAGUUCAUCAACUUGGACGAAAAUCGCAUAUAUGUCAUGAAUACUCUGUUUAACCUCCCAGAGAUAUACAUGAUUGCCUGUCUCAUGGACUUUUUUAGUAACUCCAAUCAGUAUGUAAAAUGUACUGAGGGUGUUAAGUUUGGGGACUUCUUCAUGAGUUACAACAGCAUUUUCCAGGACAUCAGAACAGCCGUUGAUUGGGUUCACACAAAGGGAGAGCUAAAGAAGAAGACUGUAGAAAAUGUUGAAGAAUAUGUGCACAAGGACGAGCGACUUCCCCUCUUACUUGACAGAAUGAGGGAAUCUGGUGCCAAAGUGUUCCUUCUCACUAAUUCUGAGUACUGGUACACAAAUGAUGUCAUGGGGUACCUACUUGGCUUCCCAGAUAAGAAUGGUGAUGUAAGAGACUGGAAGACCUAUUUUGACUUUAUUGGUGUUGAUGCAGGGAAGCCAGCAUUUUUUUCAGGUGGUACACUACUGAGACAAGUGAACUGCAGCACUGGUGAACUUAGAUUAGGAACUCACACAGGAAAACUUAAACAAGGACAAGUGUGUUCAGGAGGCAGCUGUGACAUCUUCAACAAACUUAUGGGAGCCAAAGGGAAGGAUGUGCUAUAUGUUGGCGAUCACAUCUUUGGUGAUAUUCUGAAGAGUAAAAAGAUUCGAGGAUGGCGCACAUUUUUAGUUGUUCCAGAAUUAGUUCAAGAGCUUCAUGUGUGGACUGAAAAGUGUACUCUCUUUUCUAAGCUCCAAAAUCUAGAUGUAAUAAUGGGAGAUCUCUACAAAAAUCUAGACUCCAGCACACAUGAGCGACCAGAUCUCAGCAAAGUCCGGGGAGCCAUCAGAGAAGUGACUCAUGAGAUGGACCUGAGUUAUGGUAUGAGUGGCUCACUCUUCAGGUCUGGCUCUAGACAAACACAUUUUUCAACCCAAGUUGCCAGGUAUGCUGAUGUGUAUGCCUCAACACCUCUCAACUUGAUUUAUUAUCCAUUCAGCUAUAUGUUCCGUGCCCCUGCCAUGUUGAUGCCUCAUGAAUCAACAGUGGCUCAUGAACAACGGUUCCAAGUGAGUGAUGGCCCCAUAUCCACACGCUCUAGGGCCUCAAGCAUCCAGGCAGACACUCCUGAGCAAAAUAAGAGGACCAAAUAUAGAGUAUUGGAGAGGGCAGAUUCUCUUGUGCCUCAUCCCCGAGCAGAAACACCAAAGCGAGUUACUCACUACCAUGAUGAAGAUGACUCUGAGGAGGAGAGUGAUAAGUCUUCCUAAGCUGACGUGUGAUAGACUAGUGUGAAUGCUAAUAUCUACCUAGCAUGAUGAUUUCAUAAAUGGCUAUCAAUUAUUAAAUUAAAUACAAAUCAACACAAUUAUAUUAGAAGUUGUAAUAACAGUGAUAGUGUUAGUGGUGGUGGUGCUAGUGGUAGUAAUAGCAGUGGUAGUAUUUGCAAUAGUUAGUUCUAGGAGGAGGAUAAGAUUCAGAAAAUAAUACAGUCAUAGAAUGUGGUAUAUACUUGGAAAUAAUAAGAAGUCUUGUAUUCUCAUAAUGGGUGCAUUUUUAUGCCAUUGUUUUGCAGCUGUGUAUAACAUGCAAGUAUUGAGGAUGUCUGAUUUCAGUUACAUUUCCAUAGUAUAUUUGUAUUUUUUGACUCUUAGUUUAGUGAUUUUUAUAUAUUUUGAGUAAUAAAUGUCAUAAUAGUUUUGUAUGAAUUUAUGCAAUAUUUUUUUUUAUACGUACUCUUUUAGUAUUGUAGCUGUAGUGCUGCCAGUACUAGUUCCAGUGUAGCUGUAGAACUUUGAAGUUUCUUUUAGUUCUGGCAGGUUUUAGAUUUUUCUUUUUCUUCUGAACUUUACUCUUAAAAUUAGAAUCAGGCCAUUGAAGAUUGGUAAUUUUAUUUGAUGUUUAUUUAUUUUAAUGGGCAAUAAAAAAUUAGAAUCAGUCCAUUGAAAAUUAGUAAUUUAAUUGGAUAUUUAUUUUAAUGGUCAAUAAUUUAUUGUUACUAUUUUUCCAGAAUGUUUCAGUAAUUAACAAGUAUAUGCACACAUUUCAAAUUAUAGUUACAUAAUUUUGUUUGUCUUUUUCUCCUCUCAUAUCAUUGCUUACAAUAUGUAUUUCAAAUAAUACUAUUAGCAUUACCUUGGCAUGUGUUCAGUAUUUUCCAGCACUUUUCAUGCCUAUUCCAUACAUAAUAUUAGCUGAAUUUGAGGGUGAUGUCCUUGUAAGAAUUGCAGAUUUGUGGUGAAGGUUAAACUAUGCCAUUUUAUUGUACCAAUAAAUCUUGCUUUAGCAUAAAGCAGUUUGUAGAAGUGUACUGUGGAAGUCUAAAUAUUUAGUAAUUUGGCAGCUGAAAAUAAUGUUUUCAGUUUAAGUGAAUUUUGAAUUUUUUUUUUUUUUUUUUUCUAUGGUUGUUGCUUCAUUAUAUUCAACUUUCAGAAAAGCAUGAUCUACAUGAAAAAAGUAUAUAAAAAUGAAAAAUUGGGGAUGCAUACACAUUUUGACUCUGUACUAAAAAUUGCUAAAUUCUUUCAUGAUAAUAUUUGUUAUGUUUUGUCAAUAAAUUGCAAGAUUAUAUAUGCAUAUGAAUAGAUACCUGCAUUAUAUAAAUCAUAAUUAUGUCUUACAGCUUCAUAUAAGAUUAUAUAUGCAUUAUAUAAAUCAUAAUUAUGUCUUACAGUUUCAUAUCAAUAAAAAGAAGAUAUGAAGAAAGUAUUACAACUAGGUUUAAGUAUUGUUAGAAUUUUUGAAAGCACAUGAGAACUGGUCAGGUGGAGGAGAGCAAGACUGUCCUCUCUCAUACUCCCUUGAAAAAGAGUAUGAAACUGAAAUGUGAGGGUAAUGAUUUUUUAUAUGCCUUUUCUGUUUUUCAUGUACGUAGAUAAGCACAGAGUAUCCACUAUCCAGAAUAUUCAGAUUUGGGGUAAAAUAGGUUCUAUAUUAGGAGGAAGUCAAAAUCAACAUUAGAAAUAAGUAGCAAAGUCAGUAAAUACCAAUAAUAGGACAAACAUAAGUGUACCAGAAGAAUAAAUUCAAUAAGCUCU